CAAAUGCUAACUGGGUGAUCACGUGACAGAACUGUAGCAUGACCUCAGCUUUCGGAUAGACGGCAGCAGCAGAUAAAUCUAUUUAAGAGCUGGAUUAUGUCAUUUUGAUUUUGUUAACUAUUUUUUCUUCAGUUCUCAAACUUUAACAAAGAAUUAAGGUUGUAACUAAAUAGCACAGAGUUGUUUUUUUUCUGUUUUUAGACGCCUUCCCGAGCUAGCUUACCGAGGGUUAGCAAGUUAGCUAAAAUCGACAUGAAUAUAGACAACGUCAAUCAGUCUGUUACAAGUGGAGUUCCAGCUACGACCUCUUCAACUUCUAGUAACUGUAUCGCAAAUGACAAUGCAGCGACGAACGUCAGCAGCAUCCCUUCAGCGACGAGUAAUGCUGGAGCUCCAGCCGCUGUGGCGACACCAUCCGCAGACUCAUCGGUCUCUAACGGGGUUUACCUUCCAAGCGGAAUCACUAAUGGAGACAUAAGGCCUGCCGUCUCCACCACACCUCUGGCGGAUUUCCUCAUGCAGCUGGAGGAUUACACUCCCACGAUUCCUGAUGCAGUUACAGGAUACUACCUCAACAGGGCAGGCUUUGAGGCUUCUGAUCCAAGAAUAAUCCGCCUGAUCUCCCUUGCUUCUCAGAAGUUUAUCUCAGAUAUUGCCAACGAUGCCCUGCAGUACUGCAAAAUGAAGGGAACUGCUUCCGGAAGCUCCAGGAGUAAGACGAAGGAUAAAAAGUACACACUGACAAUGGAGGACCUGACACUUGCCCUCUCUGAAUAUGGCGUGAAUGUCAAGAAACCUUAUUACUUCACAUAGAACUCAUUACAUAAACCUUUUUGAUUGUUGUUAGCAUUGAGUGUCCUGCUAGCCUUCUAGAGUCUUUUGCCAGCUUUAUUGACAAAUGUUUUUCGACCAUGGUUUGGUACAGCUUUGUAACAUCUUAAGCUUGUCAGUUUUUGUGAAGCUUUCCUUGCAUUUAGUUAAAUUGUAGAAUUUUGUUUUAUGAUAA